AUGUUUAUUAUCACCAAGAGCAAAAUGAGUAGACCAGCAUCUUGCAAAAGUAGAAAGAGCGAAGUCGACGAGUCCCUUUUCGGUAUAAAAUUAGUCCAAAUUACCUUAUAGGAAGCAAUAAAAGAAAUGAUGCUAAAACUGCUAAAGUAGUUUAGAGUGUUAGGAAGGGAGACACUUCAAAUCCAGAUGUUGUAUUAAUAGGAGAAGCAGAAUUAUAGAGAAUGAAAGUUUGUUUCAUUUUAAACUUUAGAAUAAUGCUAUUGUAACAACCAAGGAUGAACAAUUGUAUUAGAAGAAACUCUUAGAGGAACAAAAGGAAAAGCAAAUGACAGCUGCUAAGGCUAAGAAAUAAAAAAUGAUCCAACUGGAAGAAGAAAAAAAGAAACAAAUUCCUUUGACUGCACAACAAUAGGAAGAUAAGGUAGUCAAAGACAGUCUCAAUGCAAGGGUAUCGAUCUAUCUUUGAAUCUAGGCUGCUGAAAUUUUGAAUGAACAGUUAGAUGAUGUUAAAGAGAUGAACAAGAUGGUAAUGUAUGCCAAAUGUGUUACAAUCAGAGACAAAUAACUAUAAGAAAAACAAUAAUUGAAAGAAGAAUUCAAAAAUUAAGAGAAACGAAAAGAUCUUAUGAUGGAAAUUGAAAGGCUUAAAUCAGUUAAAUAUUAUGAAGAAAAAGAUGUCUAACAUAAAUCAGAAUUGAAAUAAGGUCAUGGCAUUAUUGUAGAACAAAUUAAAGAGAGAGAGUUGAUUAGACUCAAGGAAAAAGAGGAAUAGGAGAGAGAAGGCUAAGUUAUGAUUAAACAAAUUAAAUAAGUUCAAAUUGAAGAUCAACAAAAAAAUCUAUAAAGAAAACAUAUGUAGAAGAAAUUACAGGAUGAAAUCUUAGAAGCCAACUCAAAAGCCAUUGUUGUAAAAGAAAAGAGAAGAUUGGAAGAGAAGGAAGAAGAAGAAAAGAUUGCAAAAUACAAUCUAGAAAAGGCAUAGAAAGACGCAGAAAUCGUAGAAGAAUAGAGGAGAAUCAAGGAAGAAAAAGAAAGAGAUGUUUAAAGAUUAAGAGAAAUGCAAGAGAAAGCCUAAGAUAGAUAGGCUGAAUUGGAUUUGUUAAGAGCCAAAAGAGCCAUGGAAUAAAAUGAGAGAGCUGCCAGAGAAAAAGAAAGAAAAGAAGCAGAACUCAGAUAAAAAUUAAACUCUGAAUUGUAUUAAGCAAGAAAAGUUCAAUAGAAUGAAAAAUAAGAAAAGUUAGAAGAAUAAGUACUUAAACACAUUAUUCUAUCAAGGCUAGACUUGAAAGGGAUGAAUUCCAAAGGGUUAUUCAAAAGUAAAAGCAAGAGCGUGAAAAUGAACUUAGAUUAUAGUAAGAGAAAGAACAUUUGGUUAAAAAACAUGCCGAAGAGUUGAGAAAAUAGAUCUCUAUGAAUGAAGAAAAAAGAAAGUAAGAAGAAAGAGAUAAGUAUCUAUUUUUCAUCAUUUUGAUAGACUUGAAGAAGGAAAAAAGAUCAGAGAUAAAAUGAUAAAUGAGAAGAAAUUAUUAGAGAAUAUUAAGGAUUAGAAAUUGAAGGGGCUCAAUGAUAAUACAAUACCCGAUAAAUAUAAGGCUGAAUUAGCAAAAAAGAAAAUCAAUAUCCAAAUAUGAUUCAUCACAGAUACACAUAAAGAC